AUGGACAAAAAACGUAAAGGUGGUGCACAAAAACAAAGAGAAAAGAAAAACAAAUUACUAAUUUCAGAAGCAUCUAAAUGCAAAAAUCUAGAUUCAUUUUUUAUUUCUUCAAAAAAUAUCAAUAUUACUAUAACCGUAGAUCAAUCUUUAAAAUUACAAGCAAGUACAUCAUCCGACAUAAACCUCGAUACCAUUGUUAAGCCUGUUAAAUGUAAUACCAAAAAUGAAAUAGAUAUUUCUGAUUUAUCUAAAAACAUUGAGAAAACUUAUGAUAAUUCAUCAAUUAAUUUUUUUUGUACUCCAUUACCAAAUGAAAGAAAUCAAUUUUUCGAAUACCAUCCUAUUCAGCCAUAUCAAGGUAUUUUACCAUUCAACCCGAUGCUAGUUUUUCAACGUAAAGAUGGUUCAAAUCAUCAAUGGUUGACUUUUUCUCAUGAAAAAAAAACACUUUUUUGUACGUGUUGCUUAGUGUAUGGUGAUGCAAAUGAUAAAAUCUGUCUUGUUACGGGUGUAUCUGAAUUUAAUCCAAAACAUUUGUACUCUACUUUAGAACGACAUGAAAAUAGUCAACAGCAUAAAAAUAAUACUGAGGCUUACUUUUUGAAUCUAAAUAAAGCAGAUGUAAAAAAUCUAAUUUUUAUAAAGCAAAUAACAUUGAAACAGCUUGAAGUACAAAAAAAUAGGGAAAUAUUGGAACGAAUUAUAGAAAUUAUAAAAACAAUAGGAAAAAGAGGAUUAAGUUUUCGUGGUAAACGGCACGAAGCUGCGUAUAGCUUAACAGAUGAAACUUUAGACCAUGGUACUUUCAUUGAAAUGCUUAUACUCUUGGCCCAUCAAAAAAACAAAACUGGCAGAGGUAGUUUAGUAACAUUUUUUUCUAAAACCACCAUCAAUUCAAUUAUACAAAUAAUUUGUCAAAUAAUGAGACAAAACAUUGCUAAUGAAAUUAAAAGUGCUGGAAUGUUUUCUAUACAAAUUGAUACAACGCAAGAUGUGAAAGUUGAAGAUCAAUGCUCAAUUAUAAUAAGGUAUUUAACCGACUCAGUUAAAGAAAAACUUAUAGCUGUGACAAAUGUAAAAUCAUCUACAGGAGAAUCUAUGUUCCAAUUAGUCAAAGAAACUUUGGAAGCAAAUGGUGUUGAUUUAAAGUAUUGUAUUGGAUCUUCUACAGAUGGUGCAUCAAACAUUCAAGGGCGCUAUAAAGGAUUUUCUAAAUAUUUGUCAGAUGAAAAUCCAUCUCAGUUGCAUGUAUGGUGCUAUGCACAUUGUUUAAAUUUAGUUAUGAUUGAUGUGACAGAAAUAACUAUUGAAAGUGUCAAGUUUUUUAGUCUUCUUAAUGAAUGUGCCAUUUUUUUAAGAGAAUCGUAUAAAAGAAUGGAUGUAUGGAAAGAAUUAUGUGGAAACAACAAACGAUUAGCAAAAGCAGGAGAUACAAGGUGGUGGUCUAAAGAAUCGUCAAUUACAACUAUUUUUGGGCACUUUGGUAUGCCUGAAAGUGCGUUAUAUGUUGUUUUAGUUUCAGUUAUGUCUAAAAUUGCAAAUUCUGAUAAGUUUAAUCGAGAAACACGAUAUAAAGCUAUUACAUUAAAGGACUCAUUUUUAAAAUAUAGUUUUGUCAUGACAUCACAACUAUACUUACAGAUAUUUGAACGUAUGUCACUAUUGUCAAAAUAUUUGCAAACAAGUGGAAUGGACUUAGUUCAAGCGUAUAGGAUGGUUUCUAAUACUAUAACAUAUUUACAAGAAAUAUCUAGAGAUUUUCAAAAAGUAAAAGAAGCUACUGAUUCAUUUAUUAUGUGGGCAGAAAAAGAGUUGGAAAAAGUUGAUUGUGACGAAAUUCUUGAAUCACAGUUCCCAGAUGAAAGUACGGUUCGUCGUAAAAUUAAAAAAAAAUUUCCAGGUGAGGUAACAAGAGACCAACCUAUAAUUAAUCCACUUGAAAAAUACAAAAUAACUGUUCACAAUAUAGUUAUGGAUACAAUUAUCAACAAACUAAAUGAACGAUUUACAAAACAUGGCUCAUUAUACUCAGAUUUAUCUAUUUUAGAUCCAACCAACUUUAAAGAUAUAAAUGAUACUAUAUCUAAAGAAGCAUUUACACGUUUAAGUGAUUUAAUCAUUUUCUUUGACAAAACUGCUACGCCAGAAAAUUUACGACAUGAAUUGUUUGACUUUAAAGAAAACUGGCCAUCCAUAAAAUAUACUGUGCCUGAGAGUUAUGAUAAAAAUGUAGACGAUUAUUCUGGUGAAAGUUCUAAUGAAUCUGGCUCUGAAUCUAUAAACAACCAAUUUAUUUUACAAGUGACUCAAGUAGCUUGUGAAAGAAGCUUUUCUAAGCUAAAAAUAAUAAAAUCUAGAAUUCGCAAUUCAAUGAAUCAAGAUCAUCUUCAAGCAUUUUUGUUCAUGGCUAUCGAAAAAAAAAACUCUCAUGGAAGUCGGAAAUGA